AGCUGGGCAAGGUUCGAGAGUCACGUCUCCAGUCAAAUCGCCUUUGAUGUGAAUCUGGUAUCAAGAAAGCCUUUCUACGCCAUUCCUUCAUUCGUCUUACCGUUUUCGACAACCACCCCAGCUCGAAUCUGUCAAAAUCAGCUAUUACCGCGAUUUCGUCGUUUUCGACCUCGACCCAUUAACCCAGUCGCCACAUCUUCCGCUCUUGCCCUGCAGCAACGCGACGCAGAUUCUUACAUUUCUGCACCAUCCGCGCUUUUGUUGCCGCUGAUACUAUGUCGAUCGAGAGCAACACUCCACUGGCGGAGGCCCUUGGCUCUGUCAUCAAGCCAAAGCUGAUCGAGAAUGGAUGGGCUACCGAAGAUAAUGACCAGCCAAUGGCUGAGUACAUCGUCAUGAUGUUGGUCAAUGGCAAGACGCAAGACGAAAUCGCGACCGAGCUUGCCGGCGAGAUUCUAGGUCUGGGAUCCGAUGACCCGACCGUCAGAGACUUUGCGCGCUGGACUUUCGAGCAGAUUCAAGCUCUUAAUGCUCAACAAAAUGGCGGCGCAUUCGCCCAAGGGCCACAGGAUGCUGUAACUACAAUGGAUCAAGACAUGGACAUGUCUACAGGCAUUGAUGCCACCGAGUUCAAUGCUCCCACGGGUCCUAAGUCGAUGCGCAAUGGCGAUGCUCGAGGCGGCGCACGCGGGAAGCGUAUGCUCAACAAUUUAAACCGGGCCAUGGAUCGCACUCACGAGAAUGUCCUUCACCGCGUUCGAGGCAACGAAAGGAUCGCUGCGCACAACCGAACACCCCCUACAGGCCCUCGAGGAGCUGGCGGUCGCAACAGUCGUGCCACGAACAACCGCGCGAGCACCAUAGCGCACGGCAUGGCGCAACAGAUGCCUGGAAUGCCCGGCGCAAUGAAUGGCAUGAAUGAUAUGAACUGGAUGAUGCCGCCAGGUGCCCAGGGAGGUGACAUAUUCGCACUACUUCAACAACAGAAUCAAAUGAUGGCCGCCCUAUCUCAGCAACUGGCAGCAAGCCAAAGCCCCAACUCACACGGUAACAACGGUCGGGGACGUGGCAAAUCGUUAUUUGAGCGAACACAACGUGGCAAUUUUCGAGGUCGCAGUGGAUAUCACGGAAAUGGGCAACACGCGCAACCGAAUGAAUCUGCCGAUGCCAACGGAGCAACCGCCGAAGGGGGCGAUAUCGAUAUGUCGCAGUCUCGAGUAGACUCCAACCCUGCAACGACCGUCUGCAAGUACAACUUGAAGUGUACGAACAAGGACUGCAAGUUUGCGCAUCAGUCCCCGGCGGCACCACCCGGUAUCACCGUAGAUGUCACUGACGUCUGCACCUAUGGCGCCGCUUGCAAGAACUUCAAGUGCGUUGGCAACCAUCCCUCACCAGCGACUCGGCGGGCACAUCAGAGCGAGCAGGAAUGCAAGUUCUUCCCCAACUGUACCAACCCGAAGUGCCCGUUCAAGCAUCCCGACAUGCCAAUCUGCCGGAACGGUGCCGAUUGCAAGGUGGAAGGCUGCAAUUUUACCCAUAUCCAGACGGUUUGCAGAUUCAACCCCUGUACCAACCGAUACUGCCACUUUAAGCAUGAGGAUGGACAACGCGGUACCUUCCAGGAUAAGGUGUGGACUCCCGCCUCAGGCACAGGUGCCAAGGAUCACGUGAGCGAGCGGAAGUUUGUCGACCAGAACGAAACGGAAGAGCUGGUCAUGCCGGGCGGAUCUGCCGAGAUGGACGGCGUCGCAUAGGAGAGGGGUCCAGUCCUCGAGGUGUCGUCUGACGUAGGCGAAGGCUAGAUUAUGCCAAGCAGUGCAAGCAGUGGAAUAAUGAUGAGCGAGAGGAAGCAUUAUCCCUCUGGGAUAGCAAAAUCUGUAUACUAUGAGGAGCGGGAUGUGGUCGUUGCCGUGACAGACGCGAGGUCAUUGUUUUGGGCGUUGGAGGAAUCAAUCUUAGAUGUCUACAGGUUUUAGGAAAAGUCAGGGACUUUUUUCGAGCGCAUUUUACAAUAUACCCAUGCAUUACUGUGAUUAUUU